UCUUGUUUUUGAAUUCCAACCGCAGGAAAUUACGAUUUUAAAAGCGCCGCAGCGGAGUUUGAAUUUAAAAAGUUUGAACUAAAUCGCGACCCGUGAGAAGCGGCAUGCUAAGGCUCCCGUAAAACCUGGCUGCUGGACAGGCUAAUUUAACUGCCCCAGAGUCAAAACAACAGCCACACAGAGCCAAUAUCAAUAACCGUGGAAUGCGGCUCAGCAAGUUGGAGCCGUUGCCUCCAUUCGUUACCUGUGUGUGCAGCAGCGGCGGCAACCGCAUCGCGUGUGUUGCGUGUGCUUGUGAGUCGAGCAGGUUUGCCGGACAGUGGGUCGCGUUGCCCUCUUCAAUAUCAAAAUCGGUGGCAGGAUUAGAACACAACUCUUCCCGGAGUUAAAAGACAAUUAGUCCUGGUUUAGCACUAGCACUUGGUCCUGGCCAGCCAGUUCAGAAUGUGACCGGAGUGAGGGGGCCAAACCGCCGGAAAUGCUGAAGCACGCCUCGACGUCGAGCAGUACCGCUGCAGCCGGCACCGCCGCUGCCGGGGCGAUAAGCCCGCUGUCCACUUUGUUGGGCGGCCAGCUGCUGCGCACCGCUGCCACCAGCAGCAGCAACAUCAACUGCAAUGGCAACAGCAAUUGCAACAGCAACACCAACAGCAACAGCAGCAGCAACAACCACACGGCCAGCGGUGGCAGUGGCCACAACACACCCCCAGUUCCGCUGGUGGAAACGGAAGCGGGAACUGUAGCGACCAGCAGUGGUGGUGGUGCCACCACCACCAAUGGUGGCUCACACUCACACUCGCCGACGCCAGCAGCAGCUGCUGUGGCCAGUACCGCGCGCAACAUCCACCUGCGACCUCCGCAGCCGCUGAACAUAUCCGCCCUGAAUGCCUCCGCCUCCAGCACGCUGCUCACAGAGGGUGGAUCCGGAGGAGGGGGAGGGGCAGGCGGAGGCAGGGGCUGCGUGGGCAACUCCUCCACGCUGCUAAAUAUCGCCACGCCCAGCACGCCACUCAAGCCGCUCACCCCACUAACACCGCUCACCCAGUUGACCCCCAACGGACACUUUCUGGGCAACGGCAGUGUGCACCACCACACCUACACCAAUCAGCACAUCCUGGCCAGCAGCAGCAGUGGUCACCAGCAGCAGCAGCAGCAGCAACAGCAACAGCAGCAGCAACCACAUGCGCCUGCGCAGACGCACAACCUCAGCCAAGUGGCGCACAACUACAGAAACUACAGCCAGCUGACCCCCAAUCCCGUGCGCCACAAGCUGCCCAAGGCGGGUCCUUCGCCGCGCGAGGCCCUCACCAGCCUGGGAUUGCUCUGUCUGAUUUCCCUGCUCCUGGCGCUGCUCUCGCUGAUCUUCCUGCUGAGGAUCUCGCCAAACGGACGCGAGGACGCAGUGGGUCGAGGGGCCGGCGGCGAGGACUUCAUCGUCGUGUACGACGUCACCCUGGCCCUGGGCGCGCUCUCCCUGUCGCUGAACCUGUGCUGCCUCCUGGUCUGCGCCAUCCAGUUCCUGUUCGCCGUGAAGCUGCGCGAGCCGGCCUUCGAGGGACGGGAGAACCAGUACCUGGCCAAGUCGAGUGCCAGCCGCACGUGCGCCGUCAGCGGCUUCUUCAUCUCCAUACCGGUCUUCCUCACCGGCCUGAUCCUGUACACCUUCAGCCAUUUCCACUCCACGCCGGCGAUCGUGACCAGCCUGCUGAUCGGCGUGGGCAUUGUCUUCUGCGGCGGCGCCAUGGUGCACAACGUCUUUGUGUGGCAGCGCGAGAAGACCAUCAGCUACCGCGGUGCUCCGCCGGGAUUGUCGCACAACUUGUCGGUGAUCUCGGCCGGCCAGCUGCCAGUGACGCUGCCGAUGCCUCUUCCACUGCCCCUGCCACCGGGUCCGUACCAUACCUAUCAGGGGGGUGGCCACCAGGCCAACCAUCAGGGUCACCUUGUGCCGCCCUCCGUGACGGCGGUCUCACCCAACCACUCGCACGGCAGCUUCAACCCGCUGCUCCUCGGCGGCGUCGGCGGAGGAGGUGGCUGCUGCGGAGGAGGUGGAGGAGCAAUGGGGGCCGUCAACUCAUCCUUCCUGGUGCGUCCUGCCACGGCCACGCCUCCGACGCCCACACCGCGGACACUGGCGAACAGCAGCUGCUUGACAGGAGGUCGCGAGGCCAGCGGAUCGGUCAGUCCCGGCAUUCCACCAACGCUGGACAUGAGCAACAUCACCGUCCUGCUGCACGAGCUCUCCACGCUGGUCUAGACUUAGAGCGCUUAGACUUUUAGAUAGACGACAUCCACCGGCCGCCCUCACCUUGCCGAAUCCUAGUUAUAAGCAGGCCCAUUGUAAAUAUUUGUACAUAUGCUGUGAGGAACUGAAUGACUCCCCACUCCUCCGAACUAUAUAUCGAAUAACAUAUCAUUGUAAGUUAAGUGAAUAUGCAACUGCAUUGCCAUUUCAAUUCAAUUAAAUUUACCGGUUGGUGGCAAAUUAAAAUCCCAGAA